GGGCGGCAAGAUGGCGGCGUCCGCGGCGGGGCCGGGCGCCGGCGGCGCGGGCCCCGGGCCCGAGGCCCCCGACUUCCUGGCCCGCUACCGCCAGGUGUCCAGCAAGCUGAAGAAGCGCUUCCUGCGGAAGCCCAACGUGGCGGAGGCCGGCGAGCAGUUCGCCCAGCUGGGCCGCGAGCUGCGCGCCCAGGAGUGCCUGCCCUACGCGGCCUGGUGCCAGCUGGCCGUGGCGCGCUGCCAGCAGGCGCUCUUCCACGGGCCCGGCGAGGCGCUGGCGCUGACCGAGGCCGCGCGCCUCUUCCUGCGGCAGGAGCGCGACGCGCGCCAGCGCCUGGCCUGCCCCGCCGCCUACGGGGAGCCGCUGCAGGCCGCCGCCGCCGCGCUGGGCGCCGCCGUGCGCCUGCACCUCGAGCUGGGCCAGCCGGCCGCCGCCGCCGCGCUCUGCCUGGAGCUGGCCGCCGCCCUGCGCGACCUGGGCCAGCCGGCCGCCGCCGCCGGCCACUUCCAGCGCGCCGCCCACCUGCAGCUGCCGCAGCUGCCCCUGGCCGCGCUGCAGGCGCUGGGCGACGCGGCGUCCUGCCAGCUGCUGGCGCGCGACUACAGCAGCGCCCUGGCGCUCUUCACGCGCAUGCAGCGCCUGGCCCGCGAGCACGGCGCGCCGCCGCCCGGGCCCCCGCCGCCGCCCGGGCCGCCGCCGCCGCCGCCGCCGCCCGGGCCCCCGCCGCCGCCCGGCGCCGCCCGGCCCGCCGCGCCGCCGCCCGCGCCCGGCGCGCCGCCGCCCGCGCCGGUGCCCGCGCUCGGCGCCUUCUCGGACGUGCUGGUCCGCUGCGAGGUGUCCCGCGUGCUGCUGCUGCUGCUGCUGCAGCCGCCGCCGGCCAAGCUGCUGCCCGAGCACGCGCGCACGCUGGAGAAGUACUCCUGGGAGGCGUUCGACGGCCACGGGCAGGACGGCGGCGGCCCGCUGCCCGAGGAGCUCUUCCUGCUGCUGCAGUCGCUGGUCAUGGCCACGCACGAGAAGGACACGGAGGCCGUCAAGUCGCUGCAGGUGGCCAUGUGGCCGCUGCUGAGCGCCGAGCAGAACCACCUGCUGCACCUCGUGCUGCAGGAGGCCGUCUGCCCGUCGGGGCAGGGGGUGUGAGCCCUUGCGCGGAGGGCGGGGGCCCGGCGGGACGGCGACGGCGG